AUGCUGACCCAUGAAGAUGCAAUCGAUGCCGCAAACGCAAGACGCGGUGUACCGGAACUCCACCUCUCCCUUGCGCAACUUGCUCACUAUCGGCAUCUGCAGUUGCGAGCUCGAACCCCCGCCAACAACCAACAGACCCCAUCAAGUUUGCCUUCAAGUGUUCCAGCUAUCUCCACAGCCACCCGUUACCCAGAGAGUGACCCACCCAUAGAACGGGACGACUGGUGGUAUAAAGGAACUGAUAAUCUCUUCUUGAAUCGGUCGGGGGAACAUCAAUUCGUGGGAGCAUCCUCAACCACUCAUUUCAUUUCUCGGGUGGCUGGGGGAGUUCGUCCAAGUUCGACGAACCUGUGGGAUACCCACCCACUUUACAACCCUUCAUCCCUAAGACGACCUGCAGAAAGUGCUCUUCCACCUUUACCUCCAAUUGAAUUUGCUAAACGACUCUAUUGGGUGCAAUACGCCUAUAUCGGUACCAUUUUCUCGCUGAUUCAGCCAGUUCAAUUCGAGGAAAGGCUUGAUCUUGUGUACCACAGACCACCCGACUUCUCUCACCGGGAAUCAUGCCUGGUGUACUGUCAAACUCUGCUUGUCAUUGCAUUUGGACUGCUUUAUUCCGUCAACCAGUGGUCCGAUGAUGAUGGGCCACCAGGAUUCAAAUAUUUUAAACAUGCUUUGCGGUUUUUGCCUGAUAUCCACGAAGACCCAUCAAUACUUCAUUUGGAAGUAUUAUGCUACAUUGCUUGCUAUCUGCAGAGCUUGAAUCGCAGAGAUGCUGCCUUUCUUUAUAUCGGACUUGCCUUGCGUAUGGCUAUAUCCCUUGGACUUCACCAAGAGGUAUCUCAUGAAAAUAUCAGCGAAGCCGAUCGAAAUCGGAGAAGACGGGCCUGGUGGUCGGUCUAUAGCCUAGACAGGUUACUGUCGGUCAAAUCUGGGAACCCAAUAACCAUUCAAGACCAGGAUAUCGAUAUUAAAUGGCCAUCAACGUCGGACACCUCUGAUCCAUGGCCAUCCAUUGUCUUGACACAUUAUACACAACUCUCUCGUAUACUAGGGAGGAUUGGCGAGGAGAUAUACCGAAAGAAACCUCGAUCGGGCUCAAAUCUUAUAAUGUCGGUGCAAAGCAUCACCAAUGAUCUCUCAGCCUGGCUUCGACAAGCUCCUGAUGGUCUCCGCAUCAAUUUUGCCACUCUUGAAAACCACGUUAAUCGCGAGACAGUAUCAAUCAACUUGCACUUUUAUUCAUGUGUCAACAUGACCGUGCGCCCUCUCGUAUUUUACGUCAUUCAACGCCGCAUUGAUGCCGGGUUACUUGGAGGCACCGAAGACUGGAAGGAAGGCCUCGCACCGAACACAGUUGCAGUGAUUGAGAACUGCAUCACAGCCGCCCGUGCCACAACUGUGAUCAUGGAUGCAGCUGCGAAACAUAACCUCCUCGCUACAUACGGCUACCUUGAUGGCGAAUAUGUAUUUUCAGCGGCUCUUCUACUCGUUAUGGUAAAUGCCGUGUUCCCAUACAACGAAGCCAAUGCUCGUAUGAUGGAAAUAGCCCUCAAUCUACUUCGGGGUAUGGCUGAUCGAGGAAAUACGUAUUUAUCUUCUCGCCACUCCUUGUUACUGGAACUGCGAGCAGCCAUGGAGCCCAAUUCCUCUAUGAGUGUUACUGGUCACGUCAACUCCCCUGUGGGGGAUCUAGAUACACCCAGAAAUACCCCCCCGAGUCCAGAUCCACAGGAGGCCGAUGCUCCUGUACCUGCAGAGGUCUGGCAGCAUCCACCUGAUCUAUCUUCACUUCAGGAUAUCUCUUUCCAAUUUGACAUAAAUGAUGAUUCUGCGCUAUGGGAGGGUGCCUUAGAUCGGAUCGACAUUGAUAUGGAUACGGACUGGAUUGAGAAUACUCUGAGACGAUAG